UUCUCCCAGUGGGGAGGUGGUGACAAGAAGACUUCUGGGGCUAACAGAAGUGGUGGUGGAUCAGGCACUGGGUCUAAGAAUGCUAAAGGCGGGGACAAAAAUCAGCUUUGCUGUCCUAAGUGUGGUGAUCCUUGCACCCAUGUAGAGACUUUUGUUUCCUCAACAAGAUUUGUAAAAUGUGAGAAGUGUCACCACUUUUUUGUUGUCCUUUCUGAGACGGAUUCCAAAAAGAGCUUCAAAGAAAAUCGUGAUGAAAGACUAGGCUUGAAACGAAAGCCUCCCCCACCUCCUCGAAAAAUAUUUGAAUAUCUGGAUCGUUAUGUGGUGGGUCAGGAGCUAGCCAAAAAAGUGCUCUCUGUUGCUGUCUACAAUCACUACAAGCGCAUCUAUCACAAUUUGCCCCAGACUGAUUCCUCUGGUUCCAGUGCUGCCAGCUCAGGAAACAAGGCUGAUGCAGGCAUGCAGGAAACCAGUCGACACUUUCCACAAACAUUCUCACCUAGAGACGUGCUGCAGAUUGCUGUAGCUGCCCCUGGUAGCCCUUUGGGGCCUUCUGUUCAGCAGCAGCAGCAAGAAGAUCAUUUGCGGCGUUCAGAUAUCUUGGAGGCUUCCACUCAUGAACUGCGUUUAGAGAAGAGUAAUAUACUGAUGCUAGGGCCAACUGGGUCAGGAAAAACGUUAUUAGCCCAGACAUUAGCAAGAUGCCUUGAUGUUCCUUUCGCCAUCUGUGAUUGCACAACCUUAACGCAGGCUGGCUAUGUGGGUGAAGACAUUGAGUCAGUCAUAGCCAAAUUGCUGCAGGAUGCCAAUUACAAUGUGGAGAAGGCCCAGCAAGGUAUUGUUUUCCUUGAUGAGGUGGACAAAAUUGGCAGUGUUCCAGGCAUUCAUCAACUACGAGAUGUGGGAGGAGAGGGCGUUCAACAGGGAAUGCUGAAGAUGCUUGAAGGAACUGUUGUCAACGUCCCAGAGCGUAAUUCACGUAAGCUACGUGGUGAGACGGUCCAAGUAGAUACCACCAACAUUCUUUUCGUUGCCUCAGGAGCAUUUAAUGGACUAGACCGAAUUGUCAGCCGCAGAAAAACUGAAAAGUAUCUUGGUUUUGGAGCGCCAUCACUGACCCAUCAAGGUCGACGGGCAGCCUCAGAGGCAGACCAGAAAAGUCAGGCUGAGAGCAAUGACACUGUGUCAGACAAUGAAGAACGAGAUGCCUUGCUGCGGCAGGUGGAAGCACGUGAUCUGAUUGAAUUUGGCUUAAUCCCAGAGUUUUGUGGGCGUCUGCCAGUGGUGGUUCCGUUUCAUAGUCUCACUCAAGAUAUGCUGGUCAAGAUUCUAGUAGCUCCACGCAAUGCACUUGUGCCUCAGUACCAGGCACUUUUCAGCAUGGACAAGUCCCACCUGGAAGUGAAACAAGAGGCAUUGCUGGCCAUAGCACAGAUGGCUCUUGAGAGGAAAACGGGUGCCCGUGGACUCCGUGCUAUAUUAGAGUCUAUCCUUCUGGAGCCUAUGUUUGAAGUUCCUGGUUCAAACAUUUCCACAGUUGUCGUGACAGAAGAUGUGGUUAAAGGCAAAUCACCUCCAAGGUACAUCUACUCAUCACGUACCAUGGAUUCAGAAGCAGAUGAAGAUUCCGGGUCUGCUCCAAUUGUGCUAAAACUACCACCUCAAGGAGAUCGAUUCAUUUUUAACAACACCACAUAAGCUUUUACAAUAGUACACAGAUGUGAAAACAAUAAAUAUAUCAUUAACAAGAAGCACUU